AAGCCGUUUUUGGGAGCAAUGCUGCGCUUGGCAGCGGUGCUUCUAUGGCUAAAUGUAGGGCAAGCAGGCGCUGAGCUUUGCCUUGACGAUGGUGUGCCAGGCAGCCAGCGAAAAUACAUUCAGGAUGAUUUGGGCAACGACAUUCCAAUUGGAGUGAUUGAAUGCGGCUGGGCAUCUUCCACGUUUCUCAACGGACUGAUAGUGAUGAUGAUUCAAGAGAUUCUUGGUUUUCAUGCUGUAAUCGAUCCCCGCGUGGGCGCGAGUGGAGCUUCUCCCAUCUAUGCAUUGGCCGGGUGCGCCGACUUUGACAAUGCCAAGGAAAAGAACUGUGGCUCUGAAACAAAGAUCCAUGUGAGUGUGGACUCCUGGUCUGGAACUCACGCCGCAGCUCAGCAGACCUUUGCGAAGCAAAACCCAACUGUUGCAGCGGAGGAUUUGGGAAGUAUGGGGUAUGCGGGCGAAGAGUCCAUGUAUGUGAGCCAGGAGAUUCUCCAUGCUGCCUACAGUGACGCUGGUCUUGCUUUGGACUUCUACAAAAGCUACAACACCACUCAUCACGACCCGAAGAAAUACUUCGAUUCAAUCCACGAUGUAGAUAUCUCAGAAUUGGCCUUGUGCAGCGAGACGGUCAUGAGCCACCCGAAUCGAAUGGGAAACUAUGCCCGCUUUUCGGGCGACUUGGACGGCGUGGAGCGCCAAGCAGACGGCACAUUCAUCGCCAAGUGUGCCAACCAUCGUUGGUGGUACGCCCCUGCAUGCCGUUCCAAUGCCUCCACAUGCAUCCCUGUCUUCACAGGAGGGGAUGGUUGGAAAUUGCAGGCGAUGAUGCAGUGGUCGACGGCAUAUGGAAUCCCAGCCGCCAUCGCCAUCUCUGCAGGAUGGUCCCUGUUCGUAAAGCACGUUCAGCUUCAUCGGGCUCUUCACUACUGGUGGGUUCCAGAUGCAACCUUCAUCGACAUGUUGCCCGAGCAGCUGAUCUUUGCUCGCCACAGUCCUAAUGAGUGGCUUGAAGGAGACAAGAAAACGGGCGGCCAAGGAAGCUACGUGUCUAAGAUGGUGAGCAAGAACUUGCAAUGGAAAGCGGGCCGUGUCCGCGAGUUUGUCUCCAGCAUCAACUUUGAGCUACCGGAAGUGCAAAGCCUUCUCUUGGAGGUUCAGCAGUCAGGUUCGAGCUACAACGUGUCCUGCAAGUGGAUGCGCGAGAACCGAGCCAGGUGGUCAGCCUGGAAACCCGUGGAGACCAACUGCUACGAAGGCUUUGGCUUGUUUGAUGCUGCGGGCAGCUUAGAGGACAGAUAUGUGGAGAGCCGUGAGGGCCUUUCAGACCUCCUGUGCCGAGCAUGUCCACCGGGCAGCAGCUCCGAAAAACUGGAGGACAGUCAGGGCACCACCUUCAUUUGCCGACGAUGUCCUGCAGGUCGAUCCCAGGUGUCAGGCGCCUCGCUUUCAUGCGACCUUUGCCCACUUGGAGAGUACCAAGAUGAGACUGGCAGCAUUUCAUGCAAACGUUGUGGCUUCGGAGAGUAUCAGAAUGCCACGGGCCAGAGCAGCUGCACUCGGUGCCCCGCAGGUACAACCACACUGGGGUUUCGUGCGCAGUCCAUCAACGAUUGCGGAUGCAAAGAAGAGACCAUCAACGUUCUUCCUGCAGCCUCCGGCAACUUCGAGUGCCAGCGAUGUGGAGAAGGACUUCGUUGCCCUUUUGGCUCCAGCGUGGAAAUGUUGAGGCAAGGCAGUGCUGACCUGGGUGAUGACUAUCUACCUCAAGUGGUGAAAGGUUACGUGUCACGUUUGGAAGAGCCGUUGCAGAUCUUUAAGUGUCGACCCGCCAGCUUCUGUUCGGGUGGAAAGCCAGGAGAAUGUGCUGGGGGGCUCUCCAGCAUGCCUUGUGCUUCUUGCGAAGAGGGGAAGACUUGGAGUGGCACCAAGUGUGAGGACUGCGGCGCAAAUGUGGUGGCAUGGGCACUGGCCAUGCCGGUAGCAGUCGCAGGUCUCAUUGGUGCCUACAGUUUUGUGAACUCGGAAGUCAUGGCCAGAGCUUCUGCCUUCCAGGCGUCCUUAAUGGCGGCGGGUAUCGCUGUGAAUGUCUUUCAGAGCUUAGCAAUUUUUGGGAUGAUGACCGUGCAGUGGACGCCCAACUUUGAAAGCACCAGCUCUAGGCUGAGUGUUUUCGUGAUGGACAUUGAGCUGCUGGGCCUGACGUGCGUGACCGGCCCGGAGAAUUUCCUUCGCUUCCUCAGCGCAGCGUCAGCGUUCCCUGCCGCUUCACUGGUGCUGGUGACUUGCUGGGCCUUCACCACAGGUUGGAACACCAUCUUCAAGCGUUCGAAGCUUCAGGUCACACCAUGGAGAUUCUACAAAACGGCCAACACCAUGGGCGUGAUCCUUCAGGUUGGCUUCGGCGCCCUGGCGGCGUUGGCCUUACAACCUCUCAUGUGCUACCGGCACCCCAACGGCCAAUACAGCUUGUUGAAGUACCCGGACACUAUUUGCGGAAGCGAUGAGCAUAAAGCCAUGCUGGGUGUAGGAAUUGCCCUGCUGAUCGUGUAUGUGGUGGGUUUCUUCGUUUAUUGCUGCUUUGGGGCUUGGAAACUACCUUCCUGGAGCUCGCAAGAGCGCAAAGAUUUGGUGAGAGCCUUCCUCUUCUUGAUCUCCAAAUUCAGACUUGAUGUCUGGUGGUUUGGGCUCCUGUUGCUGAUUCGCGGCUUGGGCUUCAGCUUGGCCAUUGUCCUUGCCAUGGACUCGCCACAAUUGCAGGUUGCUGUCGCCAGCAUCAUCAUGUCCGUCUACCUCUUCUUCCUGACCUUCGCACGACCUUGGAAGGCUCCGCUCAUCAAUGUAGCGGACAUUGCCUUGUGCAAUAUCCUCAUUCUGUUGGUCAAUCAAGCGGUUCAUCCCAGCAGCGCGGUCGACCUCCAGUUUGUUGAUCAUUUUUCCGCUGUGAUGGUGGUUUUGCUGAUUACGAUCUUGGUGAUGACUGUGAUGCUGUGCAUCUUGGCACUGGUUCUUGGUCGGCUCUUUGGCAGAGGAGAUUUCUUACUGAAUCUGGCUCGAGAGGGAGGUGAACGUGAGAAGAUUGCCGCAGCACUGAAGGAAUGUGCCCAAGAACUCUUGGCCGUUGAGGAGAAGGAUCUGGCACAGGACCUGGGUUUGAUGAACAUUUACGACCUGAAAGCCCUCAAAGCGGCCAUCCCUGCCGUCUUCGUGGAUGUGCUGGAAAUAUCCUCAAGUGCGUUGGCACCUCGUGUGGCCCUCUCCUCCACGAGGAAUACGAUUCGCGCCAUCGCAGCCUCCGAGCAGGUCGCCGCCGCGGUCCAGCAGGUUCCGCCCGUUCACCGCGCCUCCGAGGUGGAGGUGACAGCGCCAGAUGCAGCCACACCUCCCGCUGAUGCAGAGACGGAGGAGCUGGACACGGAGGUCCAGUUCAUUGUUGCAGACCCGGAGCAGCCUGAGUCCAUCGUGGCCACAAACCUGUAGAUCUGCGCGUCUCAUGAAAAUCCUGAGCUGGAGCCACCUCGGUGUGUAUUAAAAGAGGGAGACCUAAGAGACCCACCAGGCGUUCCGACCCAAGGGACAUAGACUGAGACAUACUUAGACCACCACAUAUCAGUCUACCCAGCCAGGGCCAGGGCGGCCAGGAGGGGGUCUCCUCGUCCGAUCCGGUCCUGGUCCGGCUGUCGCCCGUGGCUGUUGCCCGUGAGAACGCUCGGAACAGCCCAGAGGUGAAGUGAUUAGAAACAGGAGCCUACUGGGGCACCCUAUGCGAGAGUCUAGAAUAGGUGCUUCAACCUCUGUUGCGUCCUUUUUGAGCGCCUAUCUUUGAUCAAGCUUUGUACCCCUUGGCCUGGAUGUACCUGGCUUUGCCUUUGCCGCAACAUGGGUGAAUGGAACACGAAGGGAGGAGUCCUGGAACUGUUCGGAUGAUGCUGGCUGCUUUGCGGUCACUGGGCGCGCCAACCGUCUGCUGCUCCAAACGGAGCAGCAGACUGCCCUGUCCGAAGAAAGCGCGCGACCUGCUGGUCAGGACCUGCAGAGUAUGUGGCCGAACUGGCUUAUCCAGGGUAUGUCUGGCUUGUGCCAGUCUGGUCCAGGUCGUUUUGGGGUUCUAAUCAUUUGAGUUUCCAGAUGCAUCACACUGACGAGCCU